AUAAAACACAGUCAUCGGUGUCGUGGUUGCAGUUAAAGAGGUGGUCAGAGCCCAUUUCUUACACAAAGCAAAGCAACCAAAAGAUUAUCUGUACUUGUUCCAUCUCUCUCUCUCUCUCUCUCUUCUGAGUUCAGCAAAAAUCUAAAGCCAAAUCUCAACCCUCUUUUACUGAGAAACAAGACAAGGAACACCAAUACAUAACGGUGGUAAUAAUGUGCUAAAGGGUGAUUUUCCGACAACAAAAAACACAUGGGGAAAAAGAACGGUUCUUCUUGGCUUUCUGCCGUGAAGCGAGCUUUCCGAUCUCCGUCUAAGAAGGAACGAAAUGAUCCUCACGGUAAAGAAAUCGAAGAAGACGAAGAAAAGAAGAGAGAGAAGAGGCGGUGGUUGUUCAAAAAACCGGCGACUCAAGGUUCUCCGGUGAAGCCUUCCGGUGUCUCUCCGCCGCCGCCAAAUCAAGAAUCAGAUAACGCAAACUCGAAAACAUUACCGGAGACGGCACCGAGUAACGCACCGACGGCACCACCGAAUGCCGGAAAAUCACCGUCCGCCGUUGUCUCCGUCGCCACAUCAGCAUCUCCGGUAGCUGUACCAAAUGUGACGAGGCGGAUCUAUUACGCAAGAGAGAACUACGCUGCUGUUGUUAUCCAGACUUCUUUCAGAGGCUACCUUGCAAGAAGAGCAUUAAGAGCAUUAAAAGGAUUAGUGAAGCUACAAGCAUUAGUAAGAGGUCACAAUGUCAGAAAACAAGCCAAAAUGACUUUAAGGUGUAUGCAAGCCCUGGUUCGAGUCCAGUCUCGUGUGCUUGACCAACGUAAACGCUUGUCUCAUGAUGGUAGCCGCAAAUCCGCAUUCAGUGACACUCACUGUGGUUUUGAAUCUCGUUAUCUCCAAGACAUUUCAGACCGACAGUCCAUGUCAAGAGAAGGAAGCAGCGUCCCGGAAGAUUGGGAUGACCGACCACACACGAUAGACGAAGUGAAAGCUAUGCUGCAACGGAGACGAGACACAGCAUUGAGACACGAGAAGACUAAUUUGUCUCAAGCUUUCUCUCAACAGACGUGGAGAACGACUGGUAGCCAAUCCGCAGGAAGAGACCACAGGGCAGAACUCGAGGAGGAAAGACCUAAAUGGCUUGACCGGUGGAUGGCAACUAGACCGUGGGAUAAACCACCUAUUAGUAGAGCUUCGGUUGAUCAAAGGGUUUCAGUUAAAACCGUGGAAAUCGACACUUCUCAACCUUACUCAAGAGCAAGAACAGGAAGCCCGAGCCGUAGCCAGAGACCUAGUUCCCCAUCAAGAAGCAGCCACCAUUACCAACCCCGCAGUAACUUCUCAGCCACUCCGUCUCCAGCUAAGUCUAGACCGAUCAAUAUCCGGUCAGCUAGUCCUCGGUGCCAGAGAGACCCUAGGGAUGACUAUGACCGAGCAGCUUAUAGUUAUACAUCAAACACACCUAGCCUGAGAUCUAAUUGUAGUUUCACUGCUAGAAGUGGUUGUAGCGUUAGUACCACAAUGGUCAAUAAUGCAGCAAUGCUGCCUAAUUAUAUGGCCAAUACAGAGUCGGCUAAGGCGAGGAUUAGGUCCCAGAGCGCGCCGAGGCAGCGACCUUCCACUCCCGAGAGGGACCGCGUGGGUUUGGUCAAGAAACGGCUUUCAUUUCCAGUCCCGCCUCAACCGGAGUAUGAUGACAUUAAUAGUUUGAGGAGUCCAAGCUUUAAGAGUGUGGCUGGUUCACACUUUGGUGCAUUGUUGGAGCAGCAAUCGAACUACUCCUCGUGUUGCACCGAGUCUAAUGGUGUUGAGGUCUCACCAGCUUCUACUAGUGACUAUAGGAAUUGGCUUAGAUGACUGUCGGUGGUGAUGCCAUAUCAACGGUCACAAUAUGUUGUUAUCCCUCCAGGAAAAACGUUUUUAAUUUUAUUUGUAUGCAGUGUUUUUCGUAUUGACUAUUGAAUUUGAGUCGUUGAGAUUACGUUGUGUUUGGAAAUUUACCUUUGAGAAUGAACUAAUUGUUCUGUAA